AUGGCUUCCUCUUCGAACUCACGCUUGAUCUCUCGAACCGAAAACAGCCUUCCUACCCAGAGUCAACAGAGCUCGUCUGUGCUGUCCGAGCACCAUAGACUCCAGGUUGGGAUUGAUUUUGGCACGACCACUUCUUCCGUCUGCUAUGACGUGAUCACCAAAUUGAGCCCACUGCAAGAUCAGGAACUCGCGAAAGUUCUCGUCGAUCAACCGCAAAACCCAGGAUGCCAUAGAAUUCCUUCAGUGGCUUUUGUCUUCACGGCCAUCGACAACGACAACAGCAGAAGAAUGGUACUCAAGUUCGGGGAGCACCCCGGUCGUGAGCAUACUGGUCGCAUCGUCGCUCAGUUUCAACUGAUAAAGAUGGCAUUGUUACCAGUAUAUAAUCAGGCAUCCGAGGAUCCUAUCACGAAGCAAUCGCUGCAGUCACUGAAGGAAACGCAUGAUGACGGCCUACGCAGGAUCAAGGCCCACGCCUCGGGUCAGAAGCUUUAUUCACAAGAUCCCUUAACGGGGGAGAUGAUCCUAUCCACUGUGGACACGAUGGAGGACUUGAUCAGAUUGUUCUUGGUCUUCCUUUGGCGUCUCACAAUGCGCCACUUCGCCACAAUUCUAGGAGAAACCGUGGAAUUCGUGAUACCUUUCUUCCAAGACCGUGUCGGUAUCGCAAUUUCCUGCCCAGUACUUACACAAGACGACCCAAUCAUGGAUGUAUAUCAUCGACUAUUGGAUGCCGCUGGGUACCCAAAGAGUACCUGGGUGCUCUCUGAAGCUAAGUCGGCGGCGUUGUAUCACAUCGCUACCAAGUUGGCACAAGCAAAUGAGGGAGAAGACCAAGAAGAAAAGAUCCUCGGAAAUCUACACAAGCAGGCUACCAUUGUCAUGGUUGACAUCGGCGGUGGCACCACUGACAUUUGCGCCAUAACUCCUACCGAAAUCGACGAAGAGAGUAUUGUGUUUGGGGAUUGUGUCGGCAGUAGCACUCCUAAUGGGUCGCUAAAGCUCAACGAGAUCUUCAAACGCCGUUUGCAGGCCGAAUUGCCACAGUUUUUGCGUUCGAUUGAUGCUCGUCUUGGGUGCAACGAGGCACAAAUUGCCGAAAGUUAUGCAGCGAGAUUCGAAAUUGUGAAACGAACAGUCCCCCAGCUCCCGCCCCAUUAUCUCAUCGAUCCUGAUCUGAACAUCCCUGAACUGAUCCAAGAACCUCUGCCACCUCGCUUCGUGGAAGCACCGAAGACUUGCAAACUCAGCUCCCAACAAAUGCAGUAUGUCUACGAUACUUGGCUAACAGAAAUAUUUGAAACAGAAAUAUUUGAGCUUGUGAACAGGGUAAUAUCACAAAGUGGAGAGAACAGCAGUGGGAGACUGCCGGUCAUUGUUCUGAAUGGUUGGGGAGCUCUUCCCUGCUAUGUCUUCCAAGCUUUUCAGCAUCAUUGGGGCCCAUGGGGAUUUGAUGUUCAGAUGGUCAAAGACUUGGAGAAGGUGCCUGGAGUCUGCCAAGGCAACUUCUUAGCUCUCACGACUCAAAAGAUCGUCAGGAGAAAAAUUGCCCGCGCUUCCUUCUGCACUGCUACACUUCACCAAGAGAAUCUCUUCUUCGUCAUCGAUGGCUAUGACCCAAUACAGCUACUAAUCUACCAGAACGAAGAUUUGGGAAACCCGAACAAACAGUUUCGCAAGACAUGUGCGCUCCGCGCGAACAAUCCAGUUUUCCCAGUCACACUCAAAGUUGUAAUCGCGUCAGACAGAGCAUUCUCCCGGUCCCCCCCUAAGCUAGAAGGCACGAUCCAGGUUGAGCUCCAGAGUUUGGAACAAUACGGCUUUCAGCUACAAUCGGAUGACGGCACGCUCUUCCUGGAAUUCGAAUACUCCGUAGAACUUUGUAUGCGGGGGUUGCUGACGUGGUUGAUCUUGACGGUGCCUCAUACUGGAAACUUUGACAACGUCCACAGAGACACCGGCAAAGACAUGCUGGCAUGUCAACAAGUUGACAUCCAGAAACACGCUUCCCAGCUGCAAGAAGUGUACGCCCCAUAG